GGCGCGGGGCGGCGCUGACGUGUCAGCGGGAGCGGCGGCGCUUCGGCAGCAUGUCCAAGGUCACCUUUAAAGUCACGCUUACCUCGGACCCGCGACUGCCCUACAAAGUGUUAAGUGUGCCUGACAGUACACCUUUCACAGCUGUCUUGAAGUUUGCUGCGGAAGAAUUCAAGGUUCCUGCAGCAACAAGUGCCAUUAUAACAAAUGAUGGUAUAGGAAUAAAUCCUGCACAGACAGCAGGAAAUGUGUUUCUAAAGCAUGGUUCAGAUCUACGGAUUAUUCCCAGAGAUCGAGUUGGGAGUUCCUAACAUCUACUGAAUGCUCUGGAAUAAGUGACAUUGUCUUGCAGCAAAAGUCUAUUUAUUUUGGAAUUCCAAAAUGCAACUAAUAAAUUGGCCUUUUUAAAGCUAGGAAAAAUUACUUCCCAGACUUUGAUUUUUUUUGAAACAAAGAUAAGUUUUCAUUUUCUUGUUAAAAUAGAUUAAAUCAUGCAGUGAUUCUUCCCAGACUAGUAGAAAAAUGGGCUGAUUGCAUUUUUGUUUUCUGGAAAUGAAUCCUGAUGGAUUUCUCGAUAGGUGUUAUGGACACCACAAGGGUAAACACACAGCCAUGAUCAAUAGAUAUUUAAAAUAUUGGAUAUUGUAGAGCCUACUUUGUGGAAGGGGACACUGUGUUAUGAUUUUGAUACAAAGACAUUGUUCCUACUGAGUGCUAAAACUUCUUUUUUUCCUUUUUUUUUUUUCUAAACUCCCAUGUUUAGAGGAACAGUUUUCACAUGGUUCAAUUAUUAAGCUUAAAUAGAGGGAAAAUUUCAGGUGUUUAUUACUCAAAUAAGUAAAUAACUGCCAAAUGUUUUAAAGUAAUGGUAAGAUUUAAUUGCUGCAAGUAUUAAAGAUGAAGAAGGCAGAGGUUUCUGUGUGGUAUUCCAUGAAGUUAAAUGAAAUGCAAUUUUGGAGAAUUUGAGAGCUAAUCUCCUCACAUGAAGUGCCAUCAGCUAAGAAAGACUAGCGCAAUUUGGGAGUUGGUAGGUACUGGUCAAAUAGGUCAUUCCUUUUCCCGUAAACUAGUACUGGUUCUUUUUAAAAGUCUUGUUUUGUUACUGCAUGUUACGUGGGAAACAGCAUCAAAUUCACUGAAAUGUUUGUCUUCAGAUUAUAUGCUUCUUGUUUCUAAAUUGCUGGGGUAAACUAUCAGAUGGUGUAUUAUAAUUAGAGAAAUUGCUGCUUUUCUUGAGCUGGUAAUCUACUUGGUGAUUUAAUAUUUUUUUGGCAAAAUGUUUAGCAGUUGGAUUUUUUUUUCUCAUUGAGGUUAACAGAAAGAACGAUAGAUAAUGUGCUGCCUUGUUAAAUGAGUCUUGUCACAAAUACAACUGUUCUGUGCAAUAAUGAAAGAUGUUCAGAUAAUGUGUCAAAUAGUGCAGAAGUACAAAAUGCCCUUCUGAGUGAGUGUAAAUUGAGUAUAUAGAGAAAAACUCAUCUGACAGCGAUAUUGGGCUGUAAACAUUUUCCAGUUCUAAGAUAAACUGUAAAUUUCUGAAUUUUCCUUUAUUUUAAUAAACAAUUAUAUGAAGAAAAGUGCA